AUGGAAGGUCGGCUAAUGUAUGCAAUCUCGGAUUGUAUUAAGGAAGUGAACAAAAAAGUCAAGUCAUUGUCUAACCGGCUAGCUCUUGUAGAAAACGAAGUGAAAAGUCUUAGGGUGAGUGUUCCCGGAAGGAGUGAACUGCUGUCGGAAGGGGAAAGUGAUAAUCCAUCCGACCAAGAUGGUAGUGAUAAUCCAUCGGAGGAAAAUGGUGGUGAUAAUCCAUCGGAGGAAGAUGGUGGUGAUACUCCAUCGGAGGAAGAUAAAGAUGGUGGUUCUAAGGAUGAUAGUGUUCUCGCUAUUGCAAACCAAGUGCAGAUUGAACAUGGUAAUGGUGAUGAUGACACGGAUGAUACUGCAGAGAUGUCUGAAGCGGCUGAGAAGCACGAGAUUGAGAUACUUGAGAAGAAAAAUACUGAGGACAAGAAAAAGAAGAGAGUGAGAAAAGAUGAUGGAAAAGAAUUACUUUCUUUGAAAAAGCCAAAACCAUCGAGAAGGAGUCGCAUUUGGACAAGAGGCCUGAAGAUGGGGGGAGGCAGCUGA